AUGAUGAGGCCAAAGGUAAUUAGCAAUUUUCCAGAAUGCCUCCAAGCUGACAUCUGCCUUCACAUGAAUAGAAAAUUGCUCAAAGGCUGCAAAGCAUUUCGAGGGGCAAGUGCAGGCUGCCUUCGCGCAUUUUCCCUCAAGUUUCGAACCCUCCACGUCCCAGCCGGUGACACUCUCGUCCAUCCAGGAGACAUGCUAAACUCGAUCUACUUCAUCUCGCGCGGUACAAUCGAGAUCACGUUGAUCGACGGAAAAGGUGUCCGACGCCAUGGUCCUCUCGUAAUGGCUGUGCUAGGCAAGUACACGUCUUCUAUGCGCUUGGAAACAUUUUGUCCUAUUCCACGAAAAGACGACAUCUUCGGCGACUCCCCGGAUAGUGCGUUAGCCGGAAAUGUGAAUCAAUCACUGUAUGCUGUACGUGCGCAAACCUACGUGACUUUAAAGAAGAUCGACCUCAUGGACAUGCGGAGCAUUUUGCAAAUGUACCCGGAGUGGUCAGAUCGGUUUUUGCAGAACUUCAAUCUCACCUUCAACCUUUGCGACCGACGCAAAACUGGCAAACAGGAGCAGAAUGGAUGGAUGUAUCUUGAUACAUUUACAAUCACAUGGCAACAGCUCCGAGUUGCGGCCUACCCUGUUCUGAGGGUGCCAGACGGGGAAUUGCAAGAAGAUUCCUCCGAAAACCAAUUUCAGAUGAGAAGUUUUUGCAUGAUCUAUCGUAUCAUAACAAAAGUCUCACAUGAAUUCGUCCAUUAUCUACGUUCCGAUUAG